CCUCUCUACAUAGUAUCGUCCGUGCGUAGCUUGCACGCUCGUACAAAAUGGCCGACAUGACUCCGACGGUGCAGGAGCUACAAAAGUUGAGGGUUACAGACCUCAAAGCCAAGUUGUCUGAACUUGGCUUAGCGGUGUCAGGUCUGAAAGCAGAACUGGUAAACAGACUCUUUGAGUUCUACAAAAGGCAAAACCAAGCAGCACAGAUGGAAAGGGAGAGAGAGGCUCAAGCUCAGAGGGAAAGGGAGCAAGCACAAGCAAUGGCCCAGCAGGCCCCAGUGAUCCCCCCUCCCCAGCUGAUGCAGCAGGAGCAGGCCCCCCCUCAGCUGCCCCCAGUCCUGCAGCAGCCCCAGCAGCCCGAACCCCCUGCACGCCCCCCUCCCCAGCCACCUGCCCAGCUACAGCAAAUGCCGCCGCAGGUCCUGCAGCCCCAGAUGGUCCCCCCUCCGCAGAUGGUCCCGCCCCCUUGUCUCACAGCACCAGCUGAUCCCCCAGCAGCAGCCGGCCACCCAGCCUCCCCCCGCCAGGCAGCUCCAGCCCCCGCCCAUGUCACAGGCCACCCCCCAUGGGCGCACCACAGGCACCCCCCAUGGGUGCACCACAGGCACCCCCCCAUGGGCGCACCACAGGCACCCCCUAUGGGCACACCUGCCCCCCAGGUGUCCCAGCAGACGCCGCAGGUGCCCCCACCCCACAUCGCCCAGCUGGCCCCGCCCUCCCAGCCGGCAGCCCCGCCACAGAUGGUCCCCCCGCCGCAGCUGCAGCCUGCCAGCUCCCAACAGAUGCCGCAGGUUCCUGCAGCUGCCCCACCUGCCAGCCAGGCACCUGUCCUCCCCCCUCCCGGCCUCGUCAUCCCUACACCAUCCAAGGAGACUUCUGGUGAGGAAGUAAAGUUGCGUCUGGCCCAGGAACAGGCUCGUAUCCUGGCUGAACAGGAGCAGCAGCAGAAACAGGUCCAGGAAGACCAGCUGUUGCAGCUGGGCCGUGCACAGCAGCAGCUGCUGGAGGUGGAGAAGAUCCGCCAGGCGCAGGUGCAGCAGGUGCAACAGGUGCAGGAGGCCCAGCGCAAGGCCAUGGAGGAGCACCGUCUGCUGGAGGAGCAGAAGAAGGCCCAGCAGAUCCUGGCAGCUGAGCAGCAGCGCAGGCUUGCUGAGCAGCAGCAGCGAGCCAUGAUAGAGCAACAGGCGAAGGAGCAGGAGCUGAUGAAGCUGCAGCAGCAGGCUCUGAUGGAGAAGCAGAAGGAGGAGCUUCAGCAGCAGGCUCGCCGCCAGCAGGAGGACGCCAUGAGACGCCAGCAGCAGGAGCAGGAGCACAGGGACACCCCCCCUCCGGACAUCCCCCCACAGAUCCCCCCUCCAGGACAGCAGGUCCCACCACCCCCCGGAGUCCCUCCAACAACAACAGAGAAGCAUGGACACCCAAGGACCGCCACCCAGGAUGAGAAUGAUGCACCAGGAAAGACAUCCCCUGCUGCCCACCCCACCCCCUGGCCAGCAGCCCCCAGGCACUUCCCCAGGUCUUCUCCCCCCUCCUGGCACCAGAGUACCCCCCGGUGCCCCCCCUACCCGCCAUCCACCCCCUGGAACCCAGGACCCCCUCCCCGUGGCCCUGCGCCCGGUCAGCGCGGGCCACCCCCCUCCCAGCAGGGCCCCCCUCCCUCAGAGGAUGAUCGGGGUGAGGAUGGCCCCCCUCCACCCCCCCAGCCGGAAGUCAAGCUCCCACAGGCUCUGGAGAAGGUCCUGUCGUUCAAGAAUGCCAGGGAACAGGAGGUGGCCGCCAUGCCGGAGCCUGAGCCUGAGGAGGAAGAGGCUGAUGUGGAUGAGCUGGAGUUUGAAGAGCCGUCUGCACAGGAGGAGGCACAGAACAAGAAGGAGUCCAAGAACAAGCAGCGUAAGAAGAAGAAGAAGCGCAGGAAGGCUCGCGCCCGUCUGGAGCAGGAGCGGAAUGAGCGGAACCUGGAGCUCCAGCGGGAAACAGAGCCUGAGGAUGUGGAGGUGGAGUACGUGACGGAGGCUGUACACAUCAACAACCCAGCAUACGCAGAGUUCAACAGGAUAUUUGAAGCCUUCAAGCUGAACGAGCCAGCCAAGGAGAAAGACAGAGGAGAUGAAGACCAUUCCUCAAAGAAGGAGGAGCCCAAACCAGAGAAGAAACUACUUCUGGACAUGGAGGACCUGAUAGAUGAUGAAAUGGAGGAAGAGAAAAAGGACGACGGCCCAAAGCUGUCCAAGAAGAAGCUGCGCCGGAUGAACCGCCUGAGCGUGGCGGAGCUGAAGCAGCUGGUGCAGCGGCCGGACGUGGUGGAGAUGCACGACGUGACGGCGCAGGACCCCAAACUGCUCGUCUGGCUCAAGGCCACGAGGAACACAGUCCCAGUUCCCCGGCACUGGUGCUUUAAGAGGAAGUACCUGCAGGGGAAGCGUGGUAUCGAGAAGCCUCCGUUUGAGCUGCCAGACUUCAUCAAGAGAACUGGGAUCAUGGAGAUGAGAGCAGCCCUGCAGGAGAAGGAGGACCAGAAGUCUCUGAAGGCCAAGAUGAGGGAGAAGGUUCGACCCAAGAUGGGGAAGAUCGACAUCGACUACCAGAAGCUGCACGAUGCCUUCUUUAGGUGGCAGACCAAACCUAAGAUGACCAUCCAUGGGGACUUGUACUAUGAGGGUAAGGAGUUUGAGACCAGACUGAAGGAGAAGAAGCCAGGAGACUUGUCAGAUGAGCUCAGGAUUGCCUUAGGCAUGCCUGUAGGACCUAAUGCCAACAAGUAUCCCCCACCAUGGCUGAUUGCCAUGCAGAGAUACGGCCCCCCUCCAUCCUACCCCAACCUAAAGAUACCAGGACUUAACGCACCUAUCCCAGAGAACUGUUCCUUUGGUUACCACGCUGGAGGCUGGGGAAAGCCCCCUGUUGACGAGACAGGAAAACCCCUCUAUGGGGAUGUGUUUGGCACCAAUGCUGCAGAUUUCCAGACUCAGGUAGAGGAGGAGCCAGUGGAGAGAGGUCUGUGGGGGGAGCUGGAGUCAGAGUCUGAGGAGUCAGAGUCAGAGGAGGAGUCAGAGGAAGAGUCUGAGGAGGAACCUGACAGGUCCGGACUCAUCACACCAGGAGAGGGUGGUCUGAUUACUCCCAGUGGCACCACCUCCAUCCCCACUGGCAUGGAGACUCCAGACAUGAUCGAACUCAGGAAAAAGAGAAUAGAGGACGCCAUGGAGGGGGGAGAGACGCCCACCCUGUACACAGUCCUGCCUGAGAAGAAGGGCGGUCCUGUCGCUGGGGCCAUGAUGGGUUCUACACACGUGUACGACAUAGCUGCUGUAGCAGGAGGUAAGAAGGCAGACAUGGGUGAGGCAGGAGGAGUGGAGAUUGCCCUGGACCCCAGUGAGCUGGAGCUGGACCCACAGGCCAUGCAGACCAAGUAUGAACAGCAGCUGAAGGAACAACAGAAUCAGCUGGAGAAGGAGGACCUGAGUGACAUGGUGGCAGAACACGCAGCUAAACAGAAGAAACGGAAAAAGGCACAACAGGACAGCGGCAAGGCUGCCAAGAAAUACAAGGAGUUCAAGUUCUAAUUGGUGCGUUGAUGAAUAGACCACACGUGGAGGUCGUAAUGGGGGGACUUGAUUUACCGUGGACAGCUGUACAUGUGCCAGGAUCGGCUCCACUAAACUGUGACGGUUUAUUGUGUGGAAUGUGAAGGGGACACAAUUAGUAGAAUUAGUUGGCUGGGUACACUGACACGUGGGAUUACUGAUAAGGGGGUAUUGUAACAAAUAGCAUUUUAAGAAGAAGCAGAGAUGUACAGGUCUUUUUUGUGUGUUAACAUUAAUCAGAGCUCAGUCAAAGUCUACAUGUAAGUAGCUUGUUUGUUACCGGUAACUUUAUAAACAUGCUGUUGACUUGCUAUGUGGUUGUGAGAAGAUAGUAGUUAUUUGUCCUUUUAAAACAUAUAUGUCAAAUCUCCCUGAACAUUGUCAAGCAUCUUUUGGGGGAGCCUUUCAAGUUGAUUGCAUGCGUUCACCAUGUAAGGUCUUGGCUAAUAAGCAAAAAACGUGAUCAACAAUGCAAAAAAGCAGCUUCUGAAUCUGUAACCACCCUUCAGUGUUACAAACCAGCUUAAUGUCUCAUACAAGUGACUUGACACUAAAUGUAGACUUCGACUUGAUAAAUCAUGUCAGAAUAGGGAAGAAAUUUAUUCCAAGCCACUUCCACAGCUGCAGCGCUUUAGACUUGAUGUCUCCGUCACUUCCUUCCUCUGUUUUCUUACCUCGUGCUCCAAGAGUGAGAAAAUGAGCAGCUGUGAUUAGAGUCACACUACAAACUCAAAGCCUUUUUUAUCCUGCACAUUCCAGCUUGGAAAUAAUCUUACUCAGAUAAGACACAAAGUUGUUAUACUAUACAGCAGCUGAUUGUAAUUAAGAGAAUAUUGUGAGCCAGACUUAAGUAACUGACAUCCCCACAGUACAAUGUGUAGAAGACAUUUCCUUUGUCUUAGAGUUAAUGAGUCAUCAUGUACAAAACACUUAAGAAUGUUUUGAAUAAAUACACCCCAGGCAAACCAAACAAG